ACUAAUAUGUACUUUUCUGUGUAAGAUUGGAAUUAUUGGUGGAACUGGCCUGGAUGAUGUGGAUAUCUUAGAAGGAAGAACAGAAAAGUAUGUUGAUACACCUUAUGGCAAGCCGUCAGAUGCUUUGAUAUUGGGAAAGAUAAAAAAUGUGGACUGUGUGCUGUUGGCAAGACAUGGAAGGCAUCAUACUAUUAUGCCAUCAAACAUCAAUUACCGUGCCAAUAUCUGGGCAUUAAAAGAAGAAAAUUGUUCGCAUGUAUUAGUGACUACUGCCUGUGGUUCAUUACGAGAGGAAAUACAGCCUGGUGAUCUUGUCAUAAUUGACCAGUUCAUUGACAGGACAACUAAAAGGCAUUGUACUUUAUAUGAUGGACAGCAUUCCACUCAUUCAGGAGUAUGUCAUAUUCCAAUGGCAGAGCCAUUCUGCACUAAAACCAGAGAGGUUCUUAUUGAGACUGCCAAGAAGCUUGGGCUCCAGUGUCAUUCCAAAGGGACAAUGAUCACAAUCGAAGGCCCACGUUUCAGUUCUCGAGCAGAAAGCUUGAUGUUUCGCAGCUGGGGAGCUGAUGUUAUCAACAUGACCACAGUGCCUGAAGUGAUUCUUGCAAGAGAAGCUGGAAUGAGUUAUGCAAGUAUUGCCAUGGCAACAGAUUACGACUGCUGGAAGGAACAUGAAGAAGCAGUUUCAGUGGAUAAAGUUUUAAAGACGCUGAAAGGGAAUGCAAAUAAGGCUACUAGCAUACUCCUUACUGCUAUACCUCAGAUAGGUUCCAUGGAAUGGACCGACACUCUGCACACCCUGAAAGUAAGUACACACAUGUCGCUG